AUGGACCAGCGCGCUCGCGUUCGACUUUCACGCGUGACAAAACCAUCCGUCGGCCCGAUCGGGGCGUGCGUUUGUGGUUUUCUCUCUGCCGUGUCCGCGCAACGAUCCACAUUUACGUCUGCUGUGCGCGGAGAUACCGUGAAAUAUGGCGCCCCGACGAGAAACACGCACGUAUUUCUCACCGCGAGGCUAACGGGGGGGUUACGCGAGUGACCCUUUGACAUCCGUUCCCGCGGGAUCGUCGCGAGACCAUCGCAAUUCGCGCUUCCGGGGUAGACAUUUAGGCGCGAGAUAAUUCUCGCCUUUCCCCAUGCGCCGUGAUUCGUUGUUUCCUCGCUACUCCACAUAGUAUCAUCAAAUGUGUUUAUUGUUCUCACCCGUAUUAUUUUUAGAUCCGCUUAUGUAAAUGACGCAGUAAGUACCGACGGACUUGUCGUUGGCGGCAAAUUUAAAACGCAUGGACGAUUCGCGACUUUUCUUUUUCUUUACUCCGAUGAGCUUCGCGAAGAUUCUUCGUAAAAGAAAUGCAGCUCGCGAGGUAGCCGGGCUAUGGAAAGUAUGGUCGAGGAAAAUGGAUCAGCCGUCGAUCCGUUGUCCCAGGGCUCCCAGAGCGGCGAUGCUGCACCAGCGAUUGCAACUUCGGUACAAUCUAUCGAUAGAACGCAUCAGCAGCAAACUCACCAUCUGGUAGCUUCUACCAGCAUUGUGCAACUGACACUACCUUCGUCAGGAACAACACAGGUGCAAUCAGUCAUACAACCCAAUCAACAGUCUGUAAUACAAACCGCGACGAACAUACAGCCUGUUGCCAUUUCUAAAGGAAAUGUUAUUCUGGUUAGCAAACCUAAUUCUGUCAUACAAACUGCACAAGGAAGUUUGCAGACUCUUCAGGUGGUUGAGACUGGUAGUGAUGACAGCUUCUCAGAUGAAGACUCACCUAAGAAAAGAAAUAUUCUUACCAGACGACCAUCUUAUAGAAAGAUUCUCAACGAUUUAGGUGGAGGAGAGAUUACAGACGGUCGUUUGCCCCCCUUAGAAUCAUCUUCCGAGUGUGAUUCUAACGUGGACAGUGAAGUGUCUUCCCAUUCGCUCCAUUACCAAACAGUAAUUCCUGCCGGUACUAUUCAAAUUGCGACCCAAGGGGAGGGAGUUCCGGGGCUUCACACAUUAACUAUGAGCAACGCGGCGACAGCGGGUGGAGCUAUAGUGCAGUAUGCACAGGGCCAGGAUCCUCAAUUUUUUGUCCCAGCUUACACAGGUCAUGGGGUUGUAGUGGAAGAUGCGGCGCGAAAGAGAGAAUUAAGGUUGCUUAAAAAUAGGGAGGCGGCGCGUGAAUGUAGAAGAAAGAAAAAAGAAUAUAUAAAGUGCUUAGAAAAUCGUGUUGCGGUAUUGGAGAACAGGAAUCAGACGUUAAUCGACGAACUGAAAUCAUUAAAAGAACUAUAUCAACAGAAAACCGACUGAGAUUGGUAUUUGAAGUUGGCGCAACAGUGUAUCAAAACUAUUAUUCAGUCGAAGAAUCUGUACAUGUCUUGUUUGUGUACAUUAUCCUAAAUGUUAUUAGGGAUAAGCGAUGGUGAUGUACAUGCAUUCUUAUAAAUAAGCGUUUUUCUGUAACAUACUGUAUUUAAGUAACGAAUACGAAGGCUUGUGAAACUUGCUAUUACUAAAGCGGGAAGCCAAAGUUAUAUGAGACACAGAGGCAGCAAACAUGUAUAGGCAAUAUUUGGUAUAUCAAUCUCUAUUUUUUGGAUAAAUAUAACAGCAUUCGGAAUAAAAUCUACAUAUUUGAAGAAAUGUCGAUUUCAUAGUCUCGAAUACUUGAAUUGCAUUAAUAAUUUAAGUGGCAUAUAAUAUACAUGUUUGUUUAUAGCAAUCACUAUUUACCGCCCGUUUGUAUUAGAUAAAGACGUGUCUUGCUUCAUCGUUUAUUUUAUGCUAAGAAUAGGUAAAAAUCAUCUACUUGAUGAGCACCAUAAAGUAAAAAACUCUUCUUUCCAUAUUUCUUUUUUAAAUAUUAGUGGAAAUUAUACUUUGAGCCGAGAUAAAGUGGGAAAGCAAGACGUCUUCUACUAUUGAAACGGGUUUUAAUACAGAUCUGUGUCAUAAGAUAAUGAAACCAUUUAUAUGUUGGUUUCGCAAAAAAUUGGGAAGCAUGCAAUGCAACACUGAAAAAGAUCCGCUUCUAAUAUGCUUGUUUUAAAAUUGAAUAUUCCAUUAAAAAAUCUUGGCAACAUACAUAGAAAACUAUAAAGAUAGUUACAUGAUAAUACAAUUUGAAAGUGAUAUAAAAAAAAAGAAGAGAAAAAAGAAAAAAAAGAUGCAUCUCUCCAAUUUCCAUAAUGUCUGCAUCGCUUUUUUGUUUGUUGUAUAAAUGCGCGUACACGAAGCGGUAUUUUAAAAUUAUCGCUUUUAAAAUUAAUAAAAUAAUUUGUUUUGCGUCUCUCGUCAAAAUGCCCUGUUCAUCAAAUGCUGGACAAACACAACACUUGUAAAAUAUGAAUGUAAUAUACAUCAGGAGUGCCUUGAAGAUUUAUGUAUACUUGCGAUAUAUAUAUACAUAUGAUUGAUUGCAACAAUAAAAAAAAGCAACGCGUAAUAUAUGUAUAUGUAUGUAUAUACGUAUGAAAGAAAAUAUGUUGUAGGUAAAUGUGGGUAUAUAUAUAUAUAUAUAUAUAUAUAUAUAUAUAUAUAUACACACAAUAUUUUUAAAGUAUAUUAAUAUAGUUUUAUGUAUACUUGACAUACACAUAUACACCCACACACUCACACACAUAUAUGCAACUCUAUCACGAGAAUUGUAUUAUUUUUCGGAAACUCGCGUUUCCACGUAAUUUCAUCGUUGUCGAAUCGAAAUCAAUUACUGACACAAUCGGAAUUGCGCGCAAUAUAUUGUGAAUAAUAUGCGUGAUUCUAUGAAGAAAUAACGUUAAAAAUCCAAAUAAAGAAAAUAAUUUUUUUAACAAAACUCGUUGCAAUUGAUGGUAUAGCAUAUAAACUUUAGUUGUUACUUUAUUGAUACAAAUAAUUUUGGAUUUACACAUAUGGCAUUUGUGUUAUUUCAAAAAAAUAUAUGUAUUAUCAUAUAUUUUCUGAUGCAUACAAAGAUAGUAAAAUUGUUUAUACUAAAAUAAUAUGUACCAGAAAAUUCAUAUUUUGUUGGAUACAAUCGUUUUCGUAUUUUACCAAUCCAUAAUCAUUCGUAGUUUUAUAAUGCUGAUAUGCAUAAUGAACAUUUGUCAAUUUAUGAAACAUUGCUUAAGAAAAAGGAAGAAAAGAAAACAGAAUGAAAGAACCAUUAGAGAUAAUAAAUGUGCCGUAUCCUUUA